AGUUCAUCUUCGAAUUGCAGCUUCGCCAUCGCCUCUACUCUUAUCCAGUACUGAUCCGCGGCAUUUUCAAUAGUCAUCGCAAGGGCUCAUUCACUAUUUUGGUAGCAGCGACAACAGCAAUACGCCAAGAUGGGCAAAAGGAAGCGCGGCCAUCCCGACGUCGAGGAAAUCCUCUCCCGACCGUGGUGCUACUACUGCGAACGUGAUUUUGAAGAUUUGAAGCUCCUCAUCUCUCACCAAAAGGCCAAACACUUCAAAUGCGACCGAUGUGGCAGGCGAUUGAAUACCGCGGGAGGUCUCUCCGUCCAUUUGAACCAGGUGCACAAAGAGACGCUCAGUCAAGUCGAGAAUGCACUUCCCAACAGGCAGGGGCUCGAGGUCGAGAUUUUUGGUAUGGAGGGUAUUCCACAGGAGAUUCUCGAGCAGCACCGAAACCGAAUCAUUCAGAACUUCUACCAGGCGCAAGAAGACCGCAGAAUCGCGACUGGAAAUCCGCCGCCCGGCCAGUCCAAGAACCCAAGAAAGAAGAUCAAGAUUGAGACGGCGGAAGAACUGCUCAAGCGAUUUGCCGAGUACCGAGCUCAACGAAAAGCGGCGGCGGCAAAUGGUGGCGUUAUGGAGGGUGUCGUACAGACUGGCACUUCGUUUCCUCAACAGGGAUUCAAUCAGCCUGGUUUCCCUGGACAACAACCACAGACUCCCUACAACUUUUCCUCAGACUCUCUCCCUGCGCGGCCUUCAGCAAAUCCGGUCGGCGCACAGGGCUUGCCCCAGCGACCCACACAGCCUGGCUUCUGGAACAGCUCAGCUCAAGGUGCUGCUGCUGCUUCUGGCGACGAAAUCGAUCAGCUGAUUCGCAUGGCCGAAGCUGGCGUGAAGCCGCAGAGAAAGCCGGAAGACGGCGAGGAGGCAGGCGAGGGCAAGAGCAAGAAGGAAAAGAAGGGCCGGAUGAUUUACGACGAUGCCGAGUUCAGUCCCGAGGAGAAGAUGGCGGCUUUACCACGCUACGCCUACACACCGCCAGUGGGAGCAUAGUCCUUGCUCCGACAGCUCCAAAGCAUCUUGGUGGGGAAUAGGCUCGCGAUUGCAGCGCUCGUUUAUAUAUGAUGGUUGAUAUCACUUUCACAAGGAUAGGCGUCAGGGACUGUGUAUAAUACAGAGGGUUUUACAAGCUACUACUACGGACAUGAUGCACCGGUAGGCAGAUUUGGCGUGGGAAACUGAAAUGUAUCCCGUGCCACAAUGAUAAUAUCAUAAAUUUGGAUGAACUCGCAUUUGGAUAACUCAUUCGAAUUGACAUGGGGCUCUCAC